AUGGCAAAGCGUAAGGGAAAAGCCACGACAGCUAUUCCGGCGAAGAAGACACCCGCCAACAAGUCCGCCAAAAAGGUUGCCGCGAAGACCCCAGGAGCAGUAGGGGCGGCAUCCUCGACGAGUGGUCCGCCACCGAAGAAACAAAAAACAGCAAAAGGCUCGGUUGCAAUACCGUUAGUGGGUUCACGAUAUCCAAAACGAGGAGUGCAUGCGCCAGAGUCUCCGCCUCCACCCGAACCACCAAAGGUUUUGGGCCUCAUUAAGCCCCCUCCCAAUGUUGCUGCAGCUGGAACUGCCUUACAGUUCCCCAUGCCAGCGAAUCUUCCUGUAGGCCAUCCCACUAUCUAUUACGGAGAAAACGCACCUUUCCCUCGUUGGAGAACCCUCUUGGACUUUCAGGCCCCCAACCAAGAUCGUGAACAGAACUUGAUCAGAACACAUCCCCAAGAAACCAUCAUUCCAGGAGUGUCACCACUUUCCCACCCACGGGCUUAUGACAGGUUCAUAGGGCUAGGAGGUCUUCGAUGGAACUUUGAGCCUGGCCCGCCGACAUUUUGGCUCGGCCUGACAGGCCAACAGCUCCACACACACGCUCAUCAUCGUCUUAUAGAGGCACUAGAGAAUCCAUUCUCUCGACAGCAACUGCGACAGAUGAUACGGAAUGAGCAGUUUGCAGCCCAAAUCGCCAACGUCGAGGACCCUUUACCGCCUGCUCCAAGAUUGGACCGCGCGGGACCAGCAGGCCCCAACACAGUCAAAGAUCGAAUUGAGGACUCUGUAAAUCGAAUUGAGAACAGGGUACAAAGCUUCCCGGGACGCACUACCAGAUGCAGGUAUGAGCGUCCGGAACUCAACUAUCGGCAAGGCGAAGAGAAGCCCGGAAAAGAAGACCUCAUAGCUUUGAGAUUGAUGGCGAACAUGAGAGGAACCCUUGGCCCACCAGAUUACCAGGCCCCUUCCUUGAAUCCAACUGCGAGAAUUGGCGCAGCUGUUAAGCUUCCGCCUCCCUCUGCUCUUGCGCCAGCAGCCAGGAUGUCUAGUAAGGGCCGUUCAAAGGGCAUUCAACAGGGUCCGGGCUCUAUCGAUUUUAGUUCGGAGGAGAGAAUAGAAGAUAUCCAACGCGACAUGGGCCAGGUGAUCCCAGAACCUCCCGAGAUCGGAAUGACACCUUCGGGGGAUGUGAGCAAAAUUACUCGGAUUGGUGAGUACAAAUGUGUUUGGUUCAUUGUCAUCCUCUUAAUUCUAAGCAUGAUGUUGUGUCUUCUCCUGUAUUCAUUCAAUAUCAUCAGAUGA